AUGUUACCGCAGCUACCACACGACCCGGCUGUUGUUGCUGUUUCCGUCAAUGGCGCAACAACAGCUCAACAUGUGACAGUACCGAGCGCUUCGGCGAGGGCAGCAGAGGAAGAAAAGGAGAAAGGCCCCCCGUCGGCGCUCGUUCAGCUUUCUCGCACCGUUCUAUCUCUUAAGUGUCUGCACAGCUAUGACACAAGCGUUAGUCAUAUUCUGUGUCAGGUUUCGUUUGUGGCACUCUACCGCUUGGAUGUCUCCCGCAAAGUUUGGAACAAAAUGGAUGUCGUGGGGGGCCUCCACCUGACGCAACGCCGCGUUCCCGUGGGAGCUCCUCAGCCUCCACCCCGCCCAGGGGCCCCUUCUUGGGGCUGUCUAGUCCUCCCUAAUCAUGAGCAGCCCAUUUCUGGGGAGAUGUAUCUUCGGUUUGGAGGAGACAAGGCCGGCCACCCCAAAAGCUCUUUACUUGAUACACUUGGAACAGCAGCAGCAGGGGUCGCAGGAGGAGCAGCAAAGUAUCGCAUGUUUAUCAUCAACCAAUGUAGGGAAGAGAUAUUUUUUCAGGACAUCUUUCCAGGGCCCAACUUCAUUGUGGAGAGCGGACCCAGCCAUGUUUUCUACAAGAUACCUGAGGGAAGAGAGGACCAGUAUGCAGUGUAUGGACUGUGGAUGCAUAGCGACGAAGAGCGCCUGCGCUUGGAAGCAGCGUUGCAUGAGGUACUGCAGUCCGAGGGCGCAGAAACGCAGACCGGCAAUAAAACUAAAGGGCAUUUGGCUACCCAAGGUCUGGCUUUAUUCCCGGGGAUGCCACAGCAGCAGCAGCAGCUCCAAAUGAUGAAAGAGCAUGAGCGAAUGGCGCAGCAGAAGCUGGCAAGCAGGGUUGCUUUUGAGGAAACAGAACGCAAGGGGAGAAAGGCAGAAAGGUCUUCCGAGGCAGCCGCUGGGGGCAUUCCUGCUAAGUCAUCUUCUACAGCCGCAGAUUCUGCACCAGAAGCGACAUCCGGCGCAACUCCAGCAACGCAGAACGCACCUGUAGCUGUAGAAGCCAGCGCAGUAGUACCUUCGAGAGGAAGAAGCGUUCAAUCGACUCCCGUGAAGUCUAGCGAGGCCAUCAUUGCUAUGCUACUGCAACAACAACAGCACGAGCCAGUGCAGCAAGAACACCAGCACGUACAGCUGGAGCGACCGUUGGGAGACCAGCGGAGUCCACAGGGGCAGGCAAAGCAGCUGCAGCAGCAAAAGCAACAGCAGCAGGAGCCAAAACAGAAGGGAAGAAGGAUACAGGAUCCAAUUUUUAUUCCUUCUUCUGGUGCUGCCGAUCCUGGCAUUUUCCCUGUGCAGGUUGAGGCAGAGCCAGCGACUGGCACCCACGCUGCAGUGCCUGCAAACGACCCUGCAGCGAGAGUGCCCUUGGUGCCAGCUGCUCCCAGCGUUGUGCACACCUAUCCAAAGCAGACAUCUCAGGUGUCUCUUUUGCAGAUGCUCAAACGUGAAGUUCCGGGAGCCACGCCAGCAGCAGGCGGAAAAGGAACAAAGUCGCCACCAACAGCCACCCCAGUUGCAGUUUCAGCACCAGCAACUACAGCCUCGAUGACAGCAGCACCAGAAGACGAUGUCCUCGUAGUUACGCGUGCUGACCUAAAGUCUGCGAUUGCUGCUGCUCUUCAUACCGACGAAUUUCAACAGCUAGUGUGGCAGGAAUUGUGGCAACAAAGAAAUCAGCAUCAGCCGCAACAAGAACAACAAAAACGACAGCAUAAUCAGCAGAGUCAACUGAGAAAUAACCGCAGUCGGAAGAAGGAGGGCAGCUCUUCGUGCCCGUGA